AAUUCUGGCAAGUCAAGUGUAAAAGUCUGAGGCAGAGCCUACCACGGGGCGGUACAAAUAGUUCCAAAGCCCUAUCCCAGCUCUCUCUUCCCCUUCUCACUAACGGCUGUCUCUAUGACAGUUAACUGCCAGGUGAGUAAUGGGGGCUGGGGAGAGGCUGGCCCUGGACGACCCCCCCCCCCCAUUUGUGCUGCUAACACUGAAAUGGGAGGAAGGGGAGUUGUUCAGCUCCCCUCUAGAGUGAGCUGCUCCUGCGUGGGCUGAGUGCUCUGCCCCCCAGAGGUGGGGGGCAGUCGAAGCUCAGGGCAUUGCAAAUUGUGCUGUUCCCAGCGUCUCAUUGUGCAGUCAUGGUGCAAAUGAGAGGACCCCUACCCCGUGCAGUGAUCUGUGGUGGCACAGCUCCCUGCAUUCCCGCCCAGCCGUGCCUUGGUGACCACCUGUGUUACGCUGAACUGCACUGCCUCAGCCAGGCGAAUUUCAGACAUGGUCUCACAUCAUCCCAUGGAGGUGUUCGUAAUGUGUCUGUUUGCUGGUGUCUGCCCCUCUAGCGUGGGUUGCUGAUAACAGCGGGAAGAUGAAUAUCGAAGAAAUCAGCCGCCAACUGGGCAUGCUGCAGCUCACCAACCCCUUACCCAGCCAGUCCAAAGCCCCCCCAGCUGCCGCUGCUCCACCAUCCCCUGUGCAGACAGGCUGGGCGUGUGCAAAAUGUACCUACAUCAACAAGCCCACGCGGCCGGGCUGCGAGAUGUGCAGCACAGACCGGCCAGCGGAAUACGUGGUGCCGGGCAGCUACCAACCAGAUGAGACGGAGCUCUGGAGGAUGCAGCAGGAGGAAAAGGGGAUCUUGCAGUAUCAAAAGGCCCUGGAGGACGAGCGGCUUCAGAACUUCCAGCAGUUGCUGCAGCUGGAGGAGGAGGUGCUGGUGCCCAGCCAGGAGGCCAUGGAGUGCCGGAUCUGCUACCUGCCCGUGGCACCAGGGGACGGGGUGCUGCUUCGCGAGUGUCUGCACAACUUCUGCAGAGACUGCCUGCGGCAGGUGAUCAGCUACAGCCAGGAACCCCAGGUGUCCUGCCCCUUCCGCGAUGACACCUAUGCCUGCAGCAGCAAGCUCCAGGAACGGGAGGUCCGGGCGCUGGUGUCAGCAGAGGAGUACAAGCGGUUCCUGGAGCGGGGCCUGAUGGCAGCAGAGAGACGCACCCAGAACAGCUAUCACUGCAAAACCGCAGACUGCAAGGGCUGGUGCAUCUACGAGGACACGGUCAACGAGUUCCGCUGCCCCAUCUGCUGGGGCCUGAACUGCUUGCUCUGCAAGGCCAUCCACGAGGGGAAGAACUGCCGCCAGUACCAGGACGACCUGCAGCUCCAGGCCCAGGACGAUGCUGCGGCCCGGCAGACCAGCAACAUGCUGCAGACACUGGUGCAGAUGGGCGAGGCCAUGCACUGCCCCGUAUGCCGGAUCAUCGUGCAGAAGAAGGACGGCUGCGACUGGAUCCGCUGCACCGUCUGCCAGACGGAGAUCUGCUGGGUGACCAAAGGGCCACGCUGGGGGCCUGGGGGCCCUGGUGACACCAGUGGAGGAUGCCGCUGUAACAUCAAUGGGCAAAGGUGCCACCCGCACUGCCAGAACUGCCACUGAGCACGCUCCCUGCGCGGCAGGGCAGGAGCCAUGCCUGGGCCUCCCCCACUCGGCAGCCCCCUGGCCCCAGCACAGGUCAGGCAGGUGCCUUGCUGCUGGGGGAGCUUCUAGCCCUUGCCAGCUGUGUGCAGUGCCUUGAGGGGCUCCUCCCUGCUCUGGGGGGCUUUCCCCUCCCACUCUCAACCUGGCCCAGGGCCUUCUUCCUGCUGAGCUCUAGGCUGGGCCUGUCUCUGCAGCCCUGGCAGGCCAGGGAGGGAGCUGUUUGGGGUCAGGAUUUCAGAGCAGCUGCUGCCUCUGCCCCUGCCUGCCUGGCCCAGCCCCAGCCCCAGGGCUACAUUAGUGCUUCUGGAGCUACGCAGAGCUGGGGGAAAUGCUGCUGGUGUAGAGAGGUCCUCAGCCCCCCUGCAAUUUAACCUGGGCCUUGCCCCGUACUCUCUUCUGGGGCUGUUGAGUGCCUCCCCCACCACAGGGAGCUCCCUGUAACUACCUCGGGGGGCAGGGGCAGCAUUUACAGAGGCUGGCUGUUCCCCACUUCUGGGAGGACCCUUCCUUUGGAGGAUCCUUGGACUGCAGGGGCAGGUCCAGGAGCCACCAGCCCCUCAGGGCCCAGGAAAGCUGCACACUUAACCCUUACUGUCAUGUGCAGGGGCCAGACGUCCCUUGGCCCUGGCCCAGUCCCCUCAUGCCCAGUGUAGCACAAGCUGCUCCAGGCUGGCCUCCCUCUCACCCCUCAGGCUGAGCUGUUGGGGGCAGCCUGGCACGGCCCAGCUCAUGGCCAGACCGCUUGAAGGAUUUGCCUCCCGAGGGUGGCUGUGGCCUGCCGCAGCUGGUGCCAGGCCUGCUCUCCAGCAGGAAGCAGCCCCAAAGCUGGGGACAGUGCAGGGGACAGAAAAGUCAGUUUCUACCAAAAGGCCCCAGCUGGGCUCUCUGCCCCUUUGGGCAGCUCAGGCUGUGAAUGAUGCCACCCCCAGCCGGCAUGGCAGGAGAGACCAUCAUGGCUGUUCCUGCAGGAAUCCAGCAGCUUGUGGAGAUGGGGCCGGGGCCAGUGCCAGGCUGGUCCAGCUCUGGCUCAGCAACACACACAUCUGUUGGAGGCACCAGGGCAGCAGCUGGUCCCCAUGCCAUAGGGCACUGCAGCCCGAGAUGCUAGCAGCAGUGGCCAAGAGCUAGGGUAACUGAUUUGCCCCCCCCCCCCACACUGCAAGGGGAGGGGGCACUGAGGAUCCCAGCCAGGCCUUUGUGCAGUGCCCUUCCCUGCAGCAUGCUAAGAAGAGGGACAGGGCAGCUCUCCAUGAAGCCUGAGGGGAGGUCGGGGGGAUCAGGGAGCAGCCUCUCUCAGGCACCUCUCUCAGUAAAGUGAGUGCUGCUUCCCCCACUGGCCCCCACACAACUCAGGCAGACGCUGCUCUGGGGACAGAACCCUUUAAUAAAUGCCACCAUUACACACAGGCCCCCCACAAGCUGGGGCUGCAGGGCACAGGCCUUCCCCUCUGGCUGUACUGGGCUCCCCUGGGGUGGGAAGGAGACAGGGCAGGGCAGCAGGUGGGAGCGACAGGGCCAGGGGAAGGCGAGGGCCCCGCGGGCAGGGCCUAGGCCAACAUACCACACAACACUUCCCCACUGAAGAUUGAAGUUUUAUUUCUGCCCCCCCAGCAGGCACGUGCAGACAGCAGCCGCCUCCCUUCCCAGAGUCCUUUCCCAGGCCUAGCAGACGAGCGGCUGUGUCCAAGGGAGAGGACAUUAAAUAAGAGUAACGCGUCA